GCUCGACCUGCACUCGGGCUCUCUCUGCUCUUUCUAAUCGGUGUGUCUGUCUCUCCCCAUCCACUCUCUCCGUAGGCAGAUUGUCCACGCUGGACUUCUCUUCUCCCUUCAACGACUUCUUCACCUUGUGCGCAAGAGUCCGACUUUGACAGUUCCCUUCACUACACCGGCCGGCGUGCCGCAGCCGUCUUUUCCAAGGUUUCCUUCUGUACCACCUCCAUCUCCCGACUCACCGAGAACUCAAGAUACGAUAGCAGUACUUGCUUGCACCCAAGCACCUGCACCCACCUGCGCACCGCGACCCUGUUUUGCUUUGUUAAACCUUCCACACCACAACACCAUCACCAUUAUUGUCGUCGAUAAGCUGAAGACUCAUCGUCCUGCGGGACUGACCUCUGGAGAUGGGUGCUUGUCAUUCCUCAUGCUGCGGUGGUAUGUGAUAACUCUUCCCUCUGCGAUGGAGACCUUCAUGUGCUAAUGCAUGCCUUCCAGGCAAAUCUCGGGAUGGAUUAUACGAACCAGUAUUGGCCGAAAGCGAGCGAGAAGCGGUGGCAGAUCUGCUACAGUACUUGGAGAAUGUAUGGAUACCUCUGCGAAUGUUUGGCAAUUGCUAAUAACAAGUAUAGAGGGGUGAGACCGAUUUCUUCUCCGGCGAACCUCUGCGAGCUCUAAGCACCCUCGUCUUUUCCGAUAAUGUCGAUCUACAACGAAGCGCAAGCUUGACUUUUGCUGAAAUAACUGAGCGAGGUAUGUCUCCGAGUUCUUUUCAUCAUCAUCCCGUUAUCACGAGUGGAUAGUUCAAAGAUGGAUGUAAUCUAUCAUACAUUUGAAGCUCAUGAAUGUUCUUGGCCGAAUGGUUGCACAAGGGCUUGGUUAUCAUAGCUUCCAUCAUAUGAAUGCUGACUAUCACCAGAUGUACGCGAAGUCGAUAGGGACACACUCGAACCCAUCUUAUUCUUGUUGCAAAGUCCUGAUAUUGAAGUGCAGCGGGCAGCUAGUGCCGCACUUGGGAAUCUUGCAGUAAAUAGUGAGCACUUGUCCCAUGCAUAUCUGCGUAUGCAAUUCUAACUUAUUGUAGCCGAAAACAAAGUCGCCAUUGUCCUCUUGGGAGGACUCACUCCGCUUAUCCGCCAGAUGAUGUCGCCAAAUGUCGAGGUACAAUGCAAUGCGGUCGGCUGCAUUACGAACCUUGCAACGCACGAGGAUAACAAAGCAAAGAUAGCGAGAUCGGGAGCAUUGGGACCACUUACUCGUCUGGCAAAGUCAAAAGAUAUGCGAGUGCAGAGAAAUGCUACUGGAGCACUUUUGAACAUGACCCAUUCUGGUAAGUUUCUGGCUCGGGAGGAUCACUGUUACCCCAAGCUUAUAAUAUAUACAGAUGAAAACCGACAGCAACUCGUGAACGCAGGAGCUAUUCCAGUUCUCGUUCAACUCCUCUCCUCCUCCGACGUCGAUGUACAAUAUUACUGCACCACUGCAUUGAGUAACAUUGCAGUUGACUCCAAUAACCGGAAGAAGCUUGCUCAGAGUGAGAACAGACUUAUUCAAUCUUUAGUGAACCUCAUGGAUUCUUCAUCACCGAAAGUACAAUGUCAAGCAGCACUAGCUCUUCGAAAUCUUGCCUCGGACGAAAAAUAUCAACUCGAAAUUGUUCGCGCCAGAGGGUUGGCACCUUUACUACGACUCUUACAAUCCUCAUACCUACCUUUAAUUCUUUCAGCUGUUGCGUGUAUAAGAAACAUCUCCAUUCAUCCUUUGAACGAAUCCCCAAUUAUAGAUGCAGGAUUCUUGAAACCAUUGGUCGAUUUGUUAGGGUCUACGGACAACGAGGAAAUACAGUGCCAUGCGAUUUCGACCCUUCGAAAUUUGGCGGCAAGCUCUGAUAGAAACAAGGCUCUCGUUCUUGAAGCUGGUGCAGUUCAGAAGUGUAAACAGCUUGUACUCGAUGUACCAUUGAGCGUCCAAUCGGAGAUGACGGCAGCCAUUGCAGUAUUGGCUCUAAGUGAUGAACUCAAAACACAUUUAUUGAAUUUGGGAGUCUUUGACGUACUUAUUCCUUUGACCGAUUCGCAAAGUAUUGAAGUGCAGGGCAAUAGCGCUGCAGCUCUUGGAAAUCUCUCCUCGAAAGGUAUAUUUCUCAAACACCUAUACAUUUCCGAUACUAACAAAUGAAUAGUUGGCGAUUAUUCUAUAUUCAUUCAAGAUUGGACAGAACCAAAUGGAGGUAUUCACGGUUACCUUAAGCGCUUCCUUGCUAGCGGUGACGCCACUUUCCAGCAUAUCGCCAUUUGGACCUUGCUUCAAUUAUUGGAAUCGGAAGAUAAGAAAUUGAUCAGUCUCAUUGGGAAUUCCGAAGAGAUUGUACAGAUGAUCAAGAAAAUUGCAGAUACCCAAAUCGAGUCGGAUGAUGAGGAGGAAGAGGACGGAGAAGGAGAGGUUGUUCAACUCGCCCAAAGAUCCCUUCAACUUUUAGGCCAGGGCAACAAGCAAUCGCAUAUUGAGGGCUGAGAGAAAAGCCGUGUUUUCGAAUAGAUCUUUAAUCUGGUUUUGCAUCUGGGCGUGGGAAGGCAAGGUGUUACGGAGUAUCAGCCAGGAAGUCGUAUUUUAGUAGCGAGCAUUGAAGGAGUGGAGAAGGUACAGGACUGCCCCUUUUUUGGCAGUCGUGGCAAUGCAGGAAGACUCAAAGCUGUGUUAUCAGACUGCGAUGAUUUCCUUCUAACGUUCUCCUUGGACUUGUUACAAUUCAUACCAGGUUUCUUUAGGUAUUCUUCCAUGUAAUUAGAUAGGAGCUUAUGAUAUCCAACACUAAAAACCAAAACUUGGGACUUUGUUGAAGCUUGGUCUUAAUAUUUCUUCGGGCUUUUAAUAGAAUACAUCUACCCUUCAUCGACGGGG